AUGGCAAGAUAUGCGGCGGAACUCUGGACAAGCCAUGCUGUAUUAGCUCAGUCUUCCGAGAAUAUAGUUCGAGAGACAGUGAGAUUCCUUGAAAAGGAAGCGACAUUCCAACGAUGGGCUCGUUUGUAUCAGGCUGAUAGGAGUUGGGACACCGACCCCGGUCCCCCGCGGGGUUCCAGGCUCUACUAUGCUUGCUUCCAUGGGCUUAUAGCGCCUGCACAAGAUCUAAUUAGGAAGAAAGUGGACGUCAAUAUACAGGGUGGCGAAUAUGGCAACGCUCUCCAGGCCGCCUCGUUGGGAGGCUAUCAAGAGAUUAUCAAUCUGCUCUUGGGCAAGGGAGCAGACGUCAACGCACAGGGCGGGGUAUACGGUAACGCUCUUCAGGCCGCCUCAGCGACAGGCUAUCAGAAGAUUGUUAAGCUGCUCUUAGACAACGGAGCGGACGUCAAUGUACAGGGUGGCGAAUAUGGCAACGCUCUCCAUGCCGCCUCGUUGGGAGGCUAUCAAGAGAUUAUCAAUCUGCUCUUGGGCAAGGGAGCAGACGUCAACGCACAGGGCGGGGUAUACGGUAACGCUCUUCAGGCCGCCUCAGCGACAGGCUAUCAGAAGAUUGUUAAGCUGCUCUUAGACAACGGAGCGGACGUCAAUGUACAGGGUGGCGAAUAUGGCAACGCUCUCCAUGCCGCCUCGUUGGGAGGCUAUCAAGAGAUUAUCAAUCUGCUCUUGGGCAAGGGAGCAGACGUCAACGCACAGGGCGGGGUAUACGGUAACGCUCUUCAGGCCGCCUCAGCGACAGGCUAUCAGAAGAUUGUUAAGCUGCUCUUAGACAACGGAGCGGACGUCAAUGUACAGGGUGGCGAAUAUGGCAACGCUCUCCAUGCCGCCUCGUUGGGAGGCUAUCAAGAGAUUAUCAAUCUGCUCUUGGGCAAGGGAGCAGACGUCAACGCACAGGGCGGGGUAUACGGUAACGCUCUUCAGGCCGCCUCAGCGACAGGCUAUCAGAAGAUUGUCAAGCUGCUCUUAGACAACGGAGCGGAUAUCAAUGUGCAGGGUGGCUACUACGGCAACGCUCUCCAGGCCGCGUCGUUUGAAGGCUUUCAAGAGAUUGUCAAGCUGCUCUUAGGCAACGGAGCAGACGUCAACGCACAGGGCCGCUACGGCAACGCUCUCCAGGCCGCCUCAUUUGGGGGCCAUCGAGAGAUUGUCAACCUGCUUUUGGACAAGGGAGCGGACAUCAACGCGAAACACUACAAAUACGGCAACGGUCUCCAGGCGGCCUCGUCAGAAGGCCAUCAAAAGAAUGUCGAACUGCUCUUAGGCAACGGAGUUGAAGUCAGCGCACGGCGCUACUCCUAUGGCGACGCUCUCCAGACCGCGUCGUCGGAAGGCCAUUGGGAGAUUGUCAAACUGCUCUUAGGCAACGGAGCAGACGUCAACGCGCGGAGCGGCCGUUAUGGCAACGCUCUUCAAGCCGCCUCGUUGGGAGGCUAUCAAGAGAUUGUUAAACUGCUUUUAGGCAAGGGAGCAGACGUCAACGCGCAGGGCGGUCGCGACGGGACUGCUCUCCAGGCCGCCUCGGCCCGUGGCCAUCAGGAGAUUGUCAAAUUACUCAUAGACAACGGAGCGGAUGUCAACGCCCAGGGCGGUCGCUACGGCAAUGCUCUCCAGGCCGCCUCGCUGAGAAACCAUGAGGAAACUGUCAAAUUGCUCUUAGACAAGGGAGCGGAUGUCAACGCCCAGGGCCGCUACGGCAACGCUCUCAGUGGCCCCUCGUUGAGAGGCCAUGUAGAGGUUGUUAGACUGCUCCAAAGGAGGAAGGACCGACGUAAGAAGGGGCGCUAUUAUAUCGUCUUCAAAGCGGUCCGGCCCCAGGAGUCUAAGCAACCCUACGACGAACCAUCAUCUGAUGGACUCUGA